AUGCCGCGAUUACUAGAAAGCGAAAUUACAAAGUAUUUAGAAACUCUUGAAGAUUCAGAAGAUGGCUUAGACGGCUCGGACUCCGAAGUAGAGGAUGAAGGUCACUAUUAUCAAACAGCUCGAGAUGUUCUUCGGGACCUUGAAAAUAGUGAUGAAGGUGAGAAUGCCCAGUCUGAUGAAGUGGAUGCUGAUCCUCCUCUCGUAAUUGACAACGAUCAAAAUAUGCCAGACCCUCCUAUUUUGGAAGCCGGAGAAGCAGUACCCCAGAGUAGAUCACAAGAAAUUUCUAAGCGACCUCUGGUUUGGCGAAAACGGAAUCUUGUUACUGCUAAAGACAGCCUUAUUUUUAGGGGAGAAACUCAGAUAACGGAAGCAUUGAUGUCUUGUAACACGCCGUAUGAUUUUUUUUCAUUUUAUUUUACAUCAGAUCUAAAAAAGCAAAUUGUAGAACAAAGUAACUUAUACGCGGCCCAGAAACAAAUAUCCAAUCCUGAAAUUAUAAAUGAAAAUAUCCUAAAUAAAUUCCUAGGCAUUCUGAUUUACACCUCAGUCAUAAAAUUUCCAAACACCAGGGCUUACUGGAGUGAUAAAUUUGGUUAUGAUCACAUAAAAAAUACGAUGCCGUUAAAAAAAUUUGAAAAAAUAAGAUCCACUCUCCAUUUUGCCGACAAUACGCUAUGCUUACCCAAAGAUCAUCCAGACUAUGACAGGCUAUUCAAAAUAAGACCUCUUGAGGAAAUGCUCAACUGCCAGUUUGGAAAGGUUCCCUUAGACCAAAGGCUUUCCAUAGACGAGCAGAUGUGUACAACCAAAAUGAGCCAUUACAUAAAACAAUACAUGGCCAAUAAACCCCACAAGUGGGGGUUCAAAUUAUAUCUCAUCUGCAGUCUACAAGGAUAUGCUCAUAGAUUUGAGGUUUACAGUGGAGGGGGCUCCAAAAAUAACAUCUUACCUGGUGAGCCAGAUUUGGGAGAGUCUGGAAAUACAGUCGUCACGUUAGCUAGAAUGGUACCACGCAAUGUGAAUCACAUUAUAUACUUCGACAACUUCUAUACUUCUGUGCCUCUCGUCACCUAUUUAGCUAAGGAAGGAAUUUUCUCACUGGGAACAGUAAGAGUAAACCGAUUGAGAAACUGCAAAUUGCCUGACAAAAACACUAUAAUGAAAAAGAACGUACCCAGAGGAUUCUAUGAGGAAAACGUGGCGACUGUGGAUGAUAUUGACGUAAGUGCUGUUGUGUGGAAAGAUAACAAGCCCGUUAACCUUCUUUCCCCUUACGUAGGAGCAGAACCAGCAACCACAGUCACGCGCUUUGAUAAAUCGAAGAAAGAGAGAGUUGCUAUUCCAUGCCCCAAAGUCAUCAAGGAGUACAAUGCUCACAUGGGGGGCGUGGACUUAUUAGAUUCAUUUAUAGGUCGUUAUCACAUCACAAUGAAGAGCCGCAAGUGGACCAUGCGCUUAUUUUAUCAUUUCCUGGACCUCGCAGUUAUAAAUUCAUGGGUUAUGUUCAAGAAGGUAAAUAAUAUAAAAGGAAAUGAUCAACUUCUCAAUUUGGGUACAUUUAGACUAGAACUUGCCGAAACCCUCUGCAAAUUGGGUCUACCUGCAAAUGGCGCUAAACGUGGUCGACCUAGUGGGAGCACAAUACAAAGAGAACUUGUAAUGAAGAAGUUCCGAGGACCAGCUCAAGCAAUUCCUUUGAAAGACGUCAGAUUGGAUCAGACAUGUCAUUGGGCAGUUUGGCUGGAUAAGCAGCAGAGGGAUAUACGCGAUUGUAGGAGGAGGCAUGAAAAACGAAAUGUGUGGAUAUCCAUGACCCCAGAAAUGAAAAAAGUGUAUGUUGAUCAAGAUGUGAACAUACAAUUUCAAGGAUAUUUACUAGAGGCGGGGGGGGAAACGGAGUCAGAAGACAAACCAACAAUCAAACUGACGCAAGAGGCUGUAACUAAGAUAUUGGAAAAAUUUAGUGAAGUGAAAAAGGACAAAAAAAAACUCACAGAUAAAUUUGUCAUUGAGAAAUAUAGUAGGAAAAUAUCUAAUGCAUCGCAAUGGAUGGAUAUAUUUCAAUAA